AUGUUAGAGUCGCGACCAACCCAGGCCCCACCCGCCCCAGUGAGCGAAUGGAGUGCGGAGGAGGUGGGGAAGUGGGUGGGUGCGGCGGACGGUGCCGCACUGCCGCAGUACCAGACGGUCUUCGUGACGAACGACAUCACCGGCGACCUCCUCCCGAGCCUGCUGGAGGGCACCGUGCUCAAGGACGAGCUCGGCAUCAGCUCCUUCGGCCACCGCACGCGCCUGACCAAGUGCAUACGCGACCUCCUGGGAGGAGCGGGCGGCAGCAGCUCGCAAUCCAGCUCCUUCGCGUCGCUCGGGACCCCGCCAUCAUCGCCUUCGCCCAGCUAUUCUUCGUCGUCAUCAUCAUCGUCAUCAUUGUCGACUUCGUCUUCCUCUUCUGUCGCCGCACCUUCCUCUCCUUCGGCUGCCGCAACGUCGCCACCCACCCGCUCUGAUCCCUCCUCCGAUGAAUCCGAGGGCGCUAGUCUUGACCAAUCGCUGCGAAUAGGAUACGGAGAGCUGCAGCUGGGGAAAGUGCUGGGGAAGGGCUUCUUCGGGGAGGUGCGGCAGGGCACCUGGCGCGGAUCGGACGUGGCCGUCAAGGUGAUCUAUCGCCGCGAGUUCCGCAACAGCGACCAGAUCCAGCUCUUCGAGAAGGAGAUCCGCGUGCUCAGCUUGCUGCGUCAUCCCCACAUCGUCCAAUUCUUGGGCGUUUGCGUGGACACGGAGAGGUGCAUCAUCACUGAGCUCAUGGGAGGUGGGUCGCUGGACGAGCUGGUGCUUUCGCAGUUCCACAUUUUGGAAGCCAAUCCCUACCUGCGCACGCGCAUCAUCCUCAACAUCGCUCGAGGCCUUUCCAAAAUCGGGCUCAACGAGAAGAUGACCGCGGCUGUGGGCUACCUGCCCUUCCAGGCCCCCGAGGUGUUUAUGGGGAACGACUACACCGAAAAGGCCGACGUGUAUUCCUUCGGCAUGAACGUGUGGUUCCUCUUCUCUGGCAACCAGCCCGAGCACGAGGUGGGAUCGCCGCUCAAGAUGGCCAACCUGGUGGCCUACAAGCAACAUCGACCGACCAUGCCCGAGCGGAUCCCGCCCUUCUGGCGUACGCUGAUUGCACAGUGCUGGGCGCACACGCCCGAGUCGCGCCCCACCUUUGCACAGAUCAUCGCUUCCAUCCAGGACUUCAAGCAGCGUUUUGGUCCUGCCGAUGCGGAGAAGGGGUAUCUCAUGGACAGGCUGCCGCGCGGCAGGCCCGACUCCUCCGCUGUAAGCGGGCAAGUUGGCGACGGAGCCUACAUUGAAGUCUCGGACGACGAGGAGACCAGUAGUGGCGAUAGUGGAAGUAGCGGCAGCCGGACGUACCAUUCAUUUGGCAGUGGGACCGACGGCCCAUUGUCAUCACCGCCGCCGUCGUCGUCGGCCGCGGUCUACGUCGAAGUGCCGCCUCGACCAGUCGCGGAGUCGCCAACAGCUUCUUCGGCCCAGGCCCCAGCGGCAGAGCAGGCAAAGCCGGGGCGCGAGGAGAAGAAGACGAAGAAGCUCCGCGUGCGGAAGAAGAAGAUCACGGCCAGGAACGAGAGGCUCAUCAAACCGCGCAAGGGGAUGACCCAGAAGAUGAUUGUAAUCGGCAACAGCUGCACCAGUACUGACAACAAGUCAGUUCCGUACGAGUGGACCGUCUACGCUCGAGGCAUUGACAACGAAGACAUCACCCCCUUUGUCAAGCAGCUGAGGCGGCGGGGCUGGGGCGUCUUCGACAUGGGAGUGCUCGUCACCUUCCACGACGGCCAGGUCCUCAAAUUCCGCCACUCGCUCAGCUUCAGCACCGACCACCCCGCCGAGCGCAUCUACGACAUUUGCUUCCCCACCACCGCCACCUUGUCCGACCAAGGGCCACAGUAA